UCUUCGACCUAGUGUUUUUUCAUUUUCAUUGAGGUCUCGUGUGCCAAUUGUAAAAUUAAUUAAUGUUUUUACUUAAUUAAAUAAAUAUCCGUUGUAUUAUCAAAGAAAAUGACGCUCUAUCACUUUGGUAAUUGUGUGGCACUAUUAAUGCCCUAUUACUUUACCUAUAAAUACUCUGGCUUAUCUGAAUAUGGUGCAUUCUGGAAGUGCGUGCAGGCAGGAUGUAUUUAUAUAUUUACGCAACUCUGUAAAAUGCUAGUUUUAGCCACAUUCUUUUACUCGGAUAAUUCUUCCAAUAGCGGGGAGUUUAACUUCUUUGCGGAAAUACUGCGUUGCAGUGUGGAUAUGGCGGAUCUUCUCGGCUUUGCUUUAAUUCUAAGCCGUAUUCCCGGCAAAGGCCAUUCUAAGCUGAUUACCGCAGGAUUGGGAUGGGCAACCGCAGAGGUAAUAUUGUCGCGUGGCAUUAUGCUUUGGGUUGGUGCUCGUGGCACCGAAUUUAGCUGGAUAUACAUUCAAAAAUGCUUGGAGUCUAAUGUGCUGCUAGUGCAGCACUUAACCACUGCCACCUUGAUUUGGCUUUUCACUCGGCACGAUCUCAACAAGGCAUUGAAACCGCUGGUUUCCAUUCUUCUGGCGGUUACCAUCUUUAAGGGCGUCUGGCUGGAGGGUCUGUUGCACAUUCUCAGCAUUGGACCGUGGUCAGCGAUUGCGUUCAAGGCGCUCGUUGCCGGCAUCAUUGGAUUCUGUUCACUGAAUAUCUACGCAGGCCUCGCCCAGCAAAUUGGCAUUUAAUCUGCACUUGCAUAUUUAAUAUACAUGUAUUGUUUCAUUUAUUAUUUGUGUUGGUUGUCACGGGUUUUAAGUUAGGUACACGAUUUUGUAAUGACAACCAAGGAAAAAGCUUAGAAAAUUACAAGAAUGUUAAUGAAUUAUAGUUAUUGUAUAGCGAUGAUAACAAAAA